ACAUUUAGUAUAAAAACUCUCAACCGACCACAGAUUAGCAAACAUUUAAGAUGUUCGGAAAAACAUUUGCAGUAUGCCUUUUCCUCGCAACCGUGAGAACCUCAAAGCCCGAGGAAGCUCCUGAGCUCACUUUGGCAGCUUUUCAAGGUUUCCUGGAGAAUGAGGGAGUGUUUUACCCACGCGCUGAGAUGAAGCUAAGGAUGGGAUUGUACCGGAAAUCAGCAGCAUUUGUCCAACUCCAGAACUCCAGACCUGACCGAACAUUCGACGUGGGUCUCAACCAGUUCUCAACGAUGACAGAGUCGGAGAAGCAGCAAUACUUGGGAGUUUCCCUGAACCAGACAGAUUUAAAGACUGAGGAUGAGGCCCACUACGCUCCAGAGGAGAAUGAGGGCUUGAAAAGCUCCAACAAACUCGGUAUUGCCUCUUCAGUGGACCAUGUUAAGACAGGGAUCAUCACUGGAGUGAAGAGCCAGGGCGGAUGUGGAUCUUGCUGGGCCUUUGCUUCCACUGCCUCAUUUGAAGGAGUCAAUGCUGCAAGGACAUGGAGACUGAAGAACUUUGCAGAUCAGGAGCUACUCGACUGCUCAUACUCUGAUGCGACAUACAACGGUUGUAAUGGAGGCUGGAUGAGCAAAGGCUGGGAAUAUCUGAAGAAAAGUGGACAUUUCUCACUGCAGGAGGAUAUUGGUUACUACGCCAAAGACAGGCUUUGUGAUUAUUCCUCAAAACCCAGCAGUAUCCACAAUGUCAAGGUUCAGGACUGGACGAGGGUACAGCCAACUGACGCCCAUCUUCAGCAGGCCAUCGCCACAUCAGUCCCUGCAGUUGCUAUCACUGUCGAGAGUGAUUUCUACAGCUACAAGUCAGGAAUCUACAACGGCUGUCCCUCUGUGAAGUCCAUCCACCAUGCUGUCACUGCGGUGGGGUACGAUGCACACUCCUGGAAGAUUAAGAACAGCUGGGGGAGUGGUUGGGGAGAGGGUGGUUAUAUUAGGAUGUCAAGAGGUAAACCCUCCAUCUGCAGAGUUGCUGAGUUUGCCAUGUACCCCAACAUGGACUUCAUGGACGGGCUGGUAACCAUUAAGAACGCGGUAACAGGGAGACUGUUAAGCUCGCAGUGGGACGCUAAGGACAUCAGGGACAUCAGAGGGACCGCGGACAGUUGGAGCUACGGCAACAACAACAAGCUUGCUUACGCAACCGACGCAAACUACUACAAUGACGCGCUGUGGAAACUCAUCGAUGUUGGAAACAACAAGUUCUACAUAGAGCACUUCCACUCAGGGCGAUGGCUACACAGUGACGGGAGUGUAAUCAGGGACAAAAGAGCAUCCGAGGGAGGAUGGCUUAAAUCACCUCCAAUCCGCGCUACUGAUCACAACUAUUACAACAUGGCUAUCUGGAGGACGGUAAACCUGGGAGGAGGAAACUAUCACAUUGAGAACGACCGUACUGGGAGGUACUUGUUCGCUGCUGGUAGCAAGGUUCAGGGGAAAGCUGCCAGUGGUGCGUAUGGAGAUGUCAAGGUACUUGGUGUUGAUGCUAACUACUACGGCUACGCUGUGUGGAGGAUUGAGCCUCUAACUGAUGCUGACAGGAAUAGGCUAAUCUGA